UGAAAAUGAAACAACAUCCUUCCCCCUUCCCUUUGAUCUUCGCUCUCUACUGCUUCUGUGCUCUACAGUUCACCUCAGGGUUUCCUCAGCCUGUCUCCCGUUCUAUGGAUGCGCCAGACAUUCCUAAAAGCGAGCUGGCACUAUGUUUCAGUCAGUGGACAGAACUGUCUAAUCAACCCCAGAUCUCCAGUAAAGUAAUGGAUCUUUGUAAUGCUAUUUUUAAUAGCAUGCAGAUAGAGGAGGAAAACAAUGAGGACAUAUACAAAAGAUUUUUAUUUCACUACUCCAGAGUUCAAGAACCAACAUAUCCACUUAAAACUGGGUCUUCCCCGGUGCAUCCUUUAAUGCGCCUUGCUUCAAAGCUCUCUGAGAGAAGAAUGAAAAGAUUCCUUGAUCCAGAAUCACAGAUUGCUGCUGCAGAGUUUACCAAAAAGGAUAGUGCUGGUACCAUGGGACGGCCUUUUUUUCUUUUCAGGCCUAGAAAUGGAAGAACUAUCGAAGAUGGUGGUGAGUAGGCCUCUGAAAGAAUUCCAUGGAAUAUGAA